AUGAAAUUAACAACCUGUAUGCCAAAAAAAGAACGCACAAAUGAGCUACUUUCCAUUCAUUUAGAACUAGCGGAACUCCUUCCUGUCAGCACGCUCCUGGAGAUAUUAGAUGAAAUAAAGGAGAAUAUCAGUAAAUCUAUGGGACAAAAAUACAAUAAAUUAAACAAAAAACUCGAUGACCUCAAUAGAAAGGAAAACAUCACAAAGAACAUACAACACAUCGAAAUGCCUUUCCAUUCCAGAUUCGUAAAUUUGACUAAGGUUCCCAUUAGCAAACAAGAGACAGAAAUAUUGGAAAAAGGUCUGAAACACAACAUAGAAAAUCAUGAUAAAAAUAAAGAGGUAGAGCACACUAUUGUAGACGCGGAAAUGGCCAUAUCAUUACUACCAAGCGAGAAUCAAGAUCAUGCAAGACACAUAUGUAGACGUAUAAUUGAAAAACGCAUAGAAUCUAUGGAUAAGAAAAAACUAAGCGACGAAAAUAAAACUGUCAAAGGGCUAAAGAAAAAACUCAAAACGAAUAAAGUAAUCACAACAAAAGCAGACAAGGGGAACACAACGGUAAUAAUGUACGAAAAAGAAUAUAAAGAAAAGACAGAGCAACUAAUCAAAGAGACAAAUUGUCGGAUGAUGAGAAAGGACCCAACCGAUGACUACCAAGUGGCAGUAAAGCACGCAAUAAAACAAGCAAAAACAAUAAUAAAUCCAAGGAAAGCAUAUACAAUGACAUUAAUGAAUCCUUCGGCCCCUUCAAUGAUAGCACUCCCAAAAAUACACAAGCCAGGAAAUCCGAUGAGACCAAUUAUCAACCAUAAAUCUGCACCAGGAUACAAACUAUCGAAAUAUCUAAAAUCGUUGCUGAAAGAAAAACUGGAACUGCCCAAUAAAUACACAAUUACGAAUACAGCGGAGUUAAUUGAAAGGAUGAAAUCGCUAGAAAUACCCAAAGAUGCGAAAUUUGUAUCAUUUGAUGUUAAGGAUCUUUACCCAUCGAUACCAACGGCAGAAACAGUUACCAUCUUGACUAAAACUUUGAUAGAUAAAACAGACAACAACGUAGCAACGGAAAUCGUUAACACAUUGAGGCUAACACUAGACCAAAACUACUCCAAGUUUAAUAACAAAAUAUAUAGACAAACUAACGGGCUAGGGAUGGGUAAUCCCACAUCUACAAUUUUAAUGGAAGUAUUCAUGCAACAUUUAGAGGAAAAGCAUAUGACGGAGCUGACAACAAGCCUGGGAGUAAAGUUCUACGCAAGAUACGUCGAUGACAUCAUAUGUCUUGUAACGGGAGACAAGGAAGAACAAAUUCUAGGUUAUCUCAACGACCAACACACGAUUAUAAAUUUCACUAUGGAUAAGGAAAACGAAGGCAAAAUAAACUAUUUGGACAUAACAAUUAAAAUACAUAAGGUUACCAACAAAUGCGAAUUCGGGAUAUAUAGAAAGCCCACGGCCAGAGACAUGAUUAUACACAGAACUUCAAACAACCCUCAACAUCUAAUAACCAGGCUUGAACGAACCCUUAUGAACUUAAUAUUAUAUACGCAAUCGCGGAAAAUAACGGAUACAGAAAGGGCCUAG